UGACCUUUUUAUGUAUUGAUAAAAAAGUGAGGUUAUAAUAAUAUGUGAUAAUUAAUUAUUAAUGUCCUUCGCCAUAAGUCGAUAAAAUAGUUUUAGUGCCGCAAUCUAAUACACUUUACAGUAGCGACAUGUCUUCAGCUUUGUUUUCACUUCCCGACCUCUACAACUCAUACAAAAGUUGGGUCACUAAGCAUCCGCAAACAACAAGUGACUUCGAAACGACAGUUAAAUGGGUUUCAUAUUUUAUUGCAGGAAGGAUAAACAAUUCGUAUAUCGUAUCCGAGCUUGUAUACUCUUUGUCCAACCUGUUAGUGCUGUUUAACGAUCGAAUUAUCAGCCAAUCGCAUAUGAACCAACCUUCGUCGUCUCAGGAAGUUUUGAAAGUGUGGCUAACCGUGCUCGAGUAUUCGGAGGUAUUUCUGGAGUUAUCCGCCCUGAAGCUUUGGGGGAACCAUGGCAAGUGGUUUGUAAUUGUCUGCAUUCAAGUUUUUAAGUGCGUUUCGAGAAUGUUGCUAAUUUUCAAUUACAAGGACACUGUAAUAGAAAAUCCUCCAAUUCCAGUCCUUCAACGUAAUAAUCUCGAUUCAAAAGCUGUCAAUGAGAAUUAUACCGAAACCCAAACUCACUCUAUAUCAUUCACUUUGCAGCAUUCCGGACGGGUAAUUCGCAAGAUAGAUUCUUCACCACCCAUCGCUUUUCGAUCAUGGAAACCUUUAGAGGCCGUUGACUGCAGCGGGACGCAAGUUGUACAACAAUCUAUUUUGGAUAAGCAGCUAAUGGCAGAGACGCUUUACGCCUUGAAGCCUAUCUUACACUUAGGAUCAGUCGCCUACUUCGGCAAUAACACUUGGAAACCGUGGAUUAUCUCUCUUGCUUUAGACUUAUAUAGUUUACGACUUUAUCGGAACUGCUCCAAAAUUGACAAGAUGGCGUUAAGUAAGAAGCAGAAACAGCAAAUUUCACGAAGGACUGUAGUUCUACUUUUGUACCUGCUACGAUCGCCGUUCUAUGAUAGACAUAGUAAAGAAAGAAUUAGCGCUUCGCUUAAGUGUAUGGCGGCUAAAGUACCACUUGCCAAUAUGAUUUGCAACCCCGUCUUACAGUACCUACCCUUCUGGCAAAAAACAUACUUUUAUAUGUGGUCGACAUAAGUAAAUUUGCCGUCUAACUAAAGUUAACAUAAAAUGACGUAGAAUUGGAAUUUAAUUUGUAGCUAAUCGUAAUUGUCCAUUUGUUGGUAUUACGUUCUAUUUAUAUAUAUUGCACUAAAUUUUGAAUGUAAAUAUUUAUCGAUUUUUAUACUGUAUAACUUGUAAUUAAAGGAUGCUCAUAAAGAUUACAAUAUAUAUGUAUAUAUGU